AUGGAUUACGAGCGUUUUCUGAGUGCUGAGGCGAAACGCUUCACAACUGCGUCGCUCGCAGAUCUGAUGCACCGGUUCGCGGGGGUGGAGGGCGUCAUCAGCCUGGCUGCGGGACUGCCCCCGGCGGAGGCCUUCCCGGUUUCGGAGCUGAGCGCCGUGACAGUGGAUGGAAUGCGGGUCGUGCUGGGGGCGGAGGGACGCCAGGCAUUCCUGGCCCAGCAAUACAACUUUAACCCGCAGGGCUACGACCCCCUGCUCAACUGGCUCCGAAACCUCACCGUCUUGCUGCAUGGAGCCGCCCCGGCUGGGGCCCCCCCCUGCAGCAGCGGUCCCCCUCCCCCCCUCCGCGACCUCGUGCUCACCAGUGGCGCCAUCCACGCCAUAUUCGCCAUCGUCAGCUGCCUCACGGAGCCGGGGGACACACUGGUGGUGGACGAGUACACAUACACACACGCCCUAGAGUGCGUGUUUCUUCCCCGGGGCUUGCGGCUGCUGCCCGUGCGGGGAGACGGGGAGGGACUCGACCCGGAGGACCUGGACCGCCGACUACGCUGUGCCGCCAGGGCCGCAGAGGCGGGGGAGUGCCGCCGCCCGCGGCUGCUGUACACCAUCCCCACGGGGCACAACCCCACCAGCGCCAAUUUGAGCGAACAACGCAAGCGGCGCAUACUGGAGGUGUGCGAGGCCCACGACCUCCUGAUUCUGGAAGAUGACGCCUACUACUGGCUCUACUACCCGAGUGAGGGGGAGGAGGGGGAGGAAGGCGCGGAGGAGGGCGCGAGCUGCCUCAGCGAGGGGGUAGCUGGCCCGGGGUACCGACUGGGCUGGAUCACCGCUCCGCAGCCGCUGGUGGCCAAGCUGGCUACCUGGGUUCAGGCCAGCACGGUGGGGCCGUGCAGCGCAGCGCAGGUUCUGGUGGGGAAGCUGCUGCAGCAGUGGGGGCUGGCGGGCUUCCAGGCGCAUGUGGGGAGACUGCAGGCCCUCUACGCGGCCCGGGCCGCCGCAGCACAUGCAGCGGCGGUGAGCCACCUGCGGGGUCUGGCGGAGUGGCGGCGACCCGCGGGGGGCAUGUUCAUGUGGUUGCAGCUCCUAGGUGGACUGGAUGCUGCCGCGGUGGUGGACGAGCUGGUGGCGGCCAAGGUGGUGGUGGUGCCCGGGAGCUUGUUUGCAACCAGGGGAGUAGAGAUUGUCCGACGGUCUUGGAUGGUCUUGGUGGGGCAGGCGACAUUGGAGCCGCCUGAGGCUGCGCACCAGCCUGCUGAUGGUGGCGGUCACGUCGCCUUGCAGCCGAGCAGCGGCGGCGGCAGCGCGGGGAGCCCCAGCGGCGGCUGCUGCCUGCGGCUGUCCUUUGCGGGGUGUGCACCGGAAGUGUUUUCAGAGGGCGUAGCCAGGCUGGCAAGUGUGAUACGCACGGCUCGCUCUCGCUGUAGCUAG